AUGGGAGGCAUUGUUGAUAGACCACAGUGUGCAACUAUUCACGAUGCCUCAACAGGAUCCGCGGACGAACUUCACGGGGACAUAAAUACCAAUAUGGCAGCCCUCUCCUUUUCUCCAGUCCACUUCGACGCGGCCAUAGGGCCAGCCAACGACGUCCAAAAUGCAGAAGACAGAGGAUUUCUUAACAAGGACCACUGCAUCAUAGUUCAGGGCCUCCCAGAGUCCUCCGCCGGUACCCCCAGGGAACGAAUCGCUGCUGACUAAGAGCAAUUCCAGAAACUCCUAAAUGAAAUGCUGCAACCAACAGAAGAUGUCGCAGUCCUAAAGGCGUUUCGUCUUAGUAGCCGUACAAAUGUCGCUCCGAAGACGCGACCACGACCCCUUAAAAUCGUCCUAGGUAGCAAUGAGCAAGCGAAACUAAUCUUUUCCAGGCGUCUUCGACUGAAGCAAUCCCAUAAAGGAGUGUUUUUUUCAGCCGGACUACUCACCUGCCGAGAGAAUGAAACGCCGCGAACUUGUCCUAGAAUUGAGAACACGGCAAACCAACGGAGGAAAAGACUUGACAACCUACAAAGACCGGAUUGUCAAACGACAUUCCGCUCCCCUCUGGAUCAAGCUGAUCCGAUUGACCGCACAGCUACCCCAGUAGCCCGUGUCGGGAUUUAAAACAAAUCUCGCAUGAAUUCAUGAAUACCAACGCGCAAAGUGCACUUUCAAAACUGGACGAACUCCGUAUCCAUACCUACGACCUCCAUCCAGACGUUAUCUCAAUAACAGAAACAUGGUUGUCCGAACAGGUUGAUGAUAGAUAGAGAGCUCAUGCUCCCUGGAUUUCAACUGUUCCGCCGAGACAGAGAAAACAGAAGGGGUGGAGGCAUAGUAACAUUUGUUAAGAACGGCUUGCACGUUUCAGAAAAAACUGCCCAACUGACUUGUAGUACCGAAGCAUUAAGGCUGACCAUAAGGGCACCGGGAUCUCAAAGUCUCGAUAUCUUGACAGUAUAUCGCUCCCCGAGAAAUGACCAUGACGCUGAUGCCCAACUGCUGGAGGAGCUCAGAUUACUUUCAACGCGGCCGACUACUCUCAUCGUUGGAGAUUUAAAUGCACCUCACAUAAACUGGAGCUCGGCCUCAACCGACUGUUUUGAAGCAGCAUUUGACCAGUAGCUACUGCGUACCUCCGACAACCUGCUCCUCACACAACACGUAAUGUUUCCAACGAGAGUUAGAGAGGGCCAGCAGAUGAACUGCCUCGAUCUUGUGUUCACCAGGUCGUCUGACAACAUCGACGUUGUUAAUUGCCUCCACCAUGUAGUUCUCAUGUGGGAAUACACCUUAUUCUCCCUGCCUGCACAACGGCUCGAUUCCCGACCUUAUAUUUGGCGUGGCGAUUUCUAACAGAUGAAAAAGGAUCUUAGUUCUAUUACUGGGCAGCCACUCUCUCCGGCGAUGUCGAAGAGGCUUGGUGUCAGUUCAAAGAGUUAGUCCACAACCUCAUCUCCAACCACUGCCCAAUCAUGCGCAGAAGACUAACAAAUAGACCUCGCUGGUUGACUCCGUCCUUAAAGAAGGAAGUUAACAAGAAGAGGAAGCUAUGGAAAAGAUCGCUGACGGAUCGCACGUCAGAAUCCCUAAGCAGUUAUAAGUUACAGAGAAGUCGGUCCAAAAUUCUCAUCGCCAGAAAUCGGAAAGCUUUUGAAAAUAAUCUUUUGAACUGUGCCAUGAUUAAUCCAAAAAUCCUUUACAGCUACAUAAGACAGAGCACACGGAACAAAGAUCCCGUCCCACUGCGGCGAACGGCUGGGCGUGCGGAAAUCUCCGAUGACAGGGAUAAGGCUGAACAUCUCUCUCAAUUCUUUCGGUCAUUCAUGACAAGUGAACCUGAUUUUUUCUCACCCGCUUAUGAAGACGAAGAAACGCCUACCCUCGAAGCCGUCUUCUUCACCGAAACAACUGUUCGGAAUGCGUUACCAAACCUAAAUACUCGACCUCCCCAGGCCCUGAUGCAAUCCCGGCCAAGCUGCUGAAGGAGCUAGCUCCCGAAAUGUCCAAGCCAUUAGCCUUGAUCUUCCAAACGUCAUUUGUUACUGAAUGCCUGUCCUCUGACUGGAAGUCCGCUACCAUCACUCUGCGUUUUAAGGGUGGAAGUCGUGCGCCUGCGAAUAAUUACAGGCCUGUGAGUCUUACCUCCAUCUGUUGCAAAAUCAUGUUGAAUAUCAUUAAGAAGGCCUUAAUGCAGUUCCUCGAGCAUCACCACUUCCUCUUAGAUGCCCAACACGGCUUUCGAAGUGGUAGGUCCUGCCUCACGAAUCUGCUCUUUACGCUCGAACGCUGGACCAAAGCACGUGAUGAAGGCAAUGUGGUGCACGCCAUCUACAUCGAUUUCAAAAAGGCUUUCGACAGCGUUUCUCACCAGCGUCUCUUACACAAACUGCGCAACGCUGGAAUUCGUGGACGCCUUCUUGUAUAG